CAUUUCUUCUUGAAGCUCAUUAUUCUCUUGCUACGUCUGUCUGUCUACAGUAUCCACACUACAUUCAUCAGAAUGUGUUCUUGCAAGCUCCCAGUGAAUAUGGUGCUUUUUCUUUUUUUGUUCACAACUUCUCUGAUGCUCAUGGCUGCCUCAGCUGGUAAUUUCUACCAAGACUUUGACGUUACAUUUGGCGAUGGACGUGCCAAGAUACUCAAUGGAGGACAGCUUCUCACGCUCAACCUUGACCAGGCUUCAGGGUCUGGUUUCAAGUCCAAAAAUGAGUACUUAUUUGGAAGGAUUGAUAUGCAGAUCAAGUUGGUCGCUGGGAAUUCGGCUGGAACCGUCACUGCCUACUAUUUAUCCUCUGAAGGUCCAACUCAUGAUGAAAUCGACUUUGAGUUUUUGGGAAAUGUAUCUGGAGAUCCCUACACUCUCCAUACCAAUGUGUUCAGCCAAGGAAAAGGGAACAGAGAACAGCAGUUUCAACUUUGGUUUGAUCCCACAAAUGCCUUCCACACUUACUCCAUUGUAUGGAACUCCCAACGCAUUAUAUUCUUGGUGGACAACAUUCCAAUCAGAGUGUUCAACAACCUGGAAUCAGUUGGAGUCCCAUUCCCUAAAAACCAGCCCAUGAGGAUUUACUCAAGCUUAUGGAAUGCAGAUGACUGGGCAACAAGAGGUGGCCUUGUCAAGACAGACUGGACCAAAGCUCCUUUCACUGCCUCUUACAGAAACUUCAAGGCCAAUGCUUGUACUGCUGAUUCAUCAUCCUCAUGUGCCUCCACUGCAUCUACCAAUUCAGUAGGAGACAGUGCAUGGCAGACUCAAGGUCUUGAUGCAGCAGGCCGAAACCGGCUUCGAUGGGUGCAACAAAAGUUCAUGAUCUACAACUACUGCAAUGACCUUAAACGUUUCCCACAAGGCCUCCCAGCUGAAUGCAGAAGAUCAAGGUUCUAAAGAUCCAGAUAUAGUGCCAUCACAUAUUCCCUCUUUUGCAAGUACGCAGCAUUCAUUCUUUUGUGUAAUUAGCUUCAUUUUAUGAAGCACUCCUUUUUCCUUCUGCAAAUAAAGAUUUUGUAAUGUGAC